AUGCCUUUGAAUAACAUUGUACACAGGGCUUCAUUUUUCAGGAGCCACAGAUUCCAAGUGUCACAGAAGCCUCUUACCUCUAGGAAAAUCCUGGCCAGCGUGGGACAUCUGCAGCAACAGGCCACUCAUACUGUGGAGAAUCCAAGCAAAAUCACCCAGUGUGGGUCAACUUCACAAGGCAGGAAAAAUCAUCACACCUGGGGAGAAUGCAAGAAAGCCCUCAGCCCCAAACACACACUUGUUCAGGACCGGUGUGUCUACACUGAAAGACAGUGUUUUGUGUGCAGUGAAUGUGGGAAAACAUUCAGGUACAAAUCCACAUUUGUUAUGCACCUGAGAGUCCACACUAGAGAAAGGCUUCAUGUGUUUAGCAGAAGUGACAAGUCCUUUAGACAAAGCUCAACCAUCAGUCAACAUCAAAAAAUUUAUACUGGCUCAGGACAGGACAAGUGCAGCAAAUGUGGGAAAUCCUUAACUCACAAGUGUGUCGUCAUUUAUCCCCAGAGAUUGCACAGUGGAGAAAACAGUUCUGUGUGCAGUGACUGUGCAAAGUCUUUUUCCCAUAGCUCUGUGUUCGUUCGACAUAAGAGAGUUUUUUCUGGAGAAAGGUUUUAUAAGUGUAGUGACUGUGUGAAAUCUUUUACCUGUAGGUCUGCCCUCAUUUAUCAUCAGAGAUCUCACACAGGAGAAAGGCCUUAUGAGUGCAGUGAAUGUGGGAAGUCCUUUACCACUAAUGGCACCCUCCGUUCUCAUCAGAGAUCUCACACAGGAGAAAAGCCUUAUAAAUGCAGUGAAUGUGGGAAGUCUUUUACAUCUACCGGUGCUUUCCAAUAUCAUCAGAGAGUUCAUUCUGGAGAAAGGCUUUAUGAGUGCAGUGAAUGUGGGAAAUCUUUUAUGUCUAGGUCUGCAUUCAUUUCUCAUCAUAGAUAUCACACAGGAGAAAGGCCUUAUGAGUGCAGUGAAUGUGAGAAAUCUUUUGUCUCUAGGCCUGCCCUCAGAUAUCAUCAGAAAUCUCACACAGGAGAAAGACCUUAUGAGUGCAACGAAUGUGGGAGAUCUUUUACCACUAACUCUAACUUCCAUUAUCAUCAAAGAGUUCACACUGGAGAAAGGCCUUAUGAGUGCAGUGAAUGUGGGAAAUCUUUUACCAGUAGCUCUAACCUCCAUUAUCAUCAAAGCACUCACACUGGAGAAAGGCCUUAUGAGUGCAGUGAAUGUGGGAAAUCUUUUAUUACUCCUGCUAUUCUUCGUUACCAUCAGAGAAUUCAUUCUAGUGAAUGGCCUUAUACGUGCAGUGAAUGUGGGAAAUCUUUUACCUCUAAAUCCAACUUUUGUUAUCAUCAGGGGGUUCAUUCUGGAGAAAGGCCUUAUAUAAGGUGCAGCAAAUGCGUGAAAUCCUUUACCAGUAUCAGUGCCCUCCGUUAUCAUCAGAGAGUUCAUUCUGGAGAGAGGCCUCAUGAGUGCAGUGACUGUGGGAAAUCUUUUAUGUCUAGGUCUGCCCUCAGAUGUCAUCAGAGAUCACACACAGGAGAAAGGCCUUAUAAGUGCAGUGAAUGUGGGAAGGCUUUUAAAACUAGCUCCAACCUCCGUUAUCAUCAGAGAGUUCACACAGGAGAAAGGCCUUAUGAGUGCAGUGAAUGUGGGAAAUCCUUUACCUCUAUCAAUGAUCUGUGUAAUCAUUAUAGAUUUCAUUCUGGAGGAAAGCCUUAUAAGUGUAGCAAAUGUGGGAAAUCCUUUAUCCUUAGGAAUAGCUUCAUUCAACACCAGAGAAUUCACACAGGAGAAAGUCUUUAUGGAUGUAGUGAGUGUGGGAAAUCUUUUCAGAGUAAGUGUAGGCUUAUUGAACACCAGAGUAUUCACACAGGAGAAAGGCCUUACAAAUGCACUGAAUGUGGGAAAUCUUUUAUUACUAAUUACCUCCUCUGUGCACAUCUGAGAAGUCACACUGGAGAGAAGCCUUAUGAGUGCAGUGAAUGUGGGAAAUCUUAUACCGCUAGCUCCACCCUCCGUUAUCAUCGUAGAAUUCAUACUGGAGAAAGGCCUUACAAAUGCACCAAAUGUGGGAAAUCUUAUACCACUAAUUACCGCCUCCGUGCACAUCUGAGAAGUCACACUGGAGAGAAGCCUUAUGAGUGCAGUGAAUGUGGGAAAUCUUAUACCGCUAGCUCCACCCUCCGUUAUCAUCGUAGAAUUCAUACUGGAGAAAGGCCUUACAAAUGCACCAAAUGUGGGAAAUCUUAUACCACUAAUUACCUCUUGCGUGUUCAUCAGAGAAAUCACACUGGAGAGAAGCCUUAUGAGUGCAGUGAAUGUGGGAAAUCUUAUACCACUAGCUCCACCCUCCUUUAUCAUCGUAGAAUUCAUACUGGAGAAAGGCCUUACAAAUGCACCAAAUGUGGGAAAUCUUAUACCACUAAUUACCUCCUCCGUGCACAUCUGAGAAGUCACACUGGAGAGAAACCUUAUCAGUGCAGUGAAUGUUGGAAAUCCUUUACCAGCAACUCUAGCCUUCGUUAUCAUCAGAGUGCUCACAGUGGAGAAAGGCCUUAUGAGUGCAGUGAUUGUGGGAAAUCAUUUGUCCAAAGAAAUAUCCUCAUUUUACACCAGAGAGCUCACACUGGAGAAAGGCCUUAUAAGUGCACUGAAUGUGGUAAAUCUUUUACUCGUAGCUCCACCCUCUAUUAUCAUCAGAGAGUUCACAGUGGAGAAAGGCCUUUUAAGUGCAGUGAAUGUGGGAAAUCUUUUAUUAACGCCUCCAAACUGCGUUGUCAUGAGAGAGGUCACACUGGAGAAAGGCCUUAAGAGUGCACUAAAUGUGGGAAAUCUUUUAUGAGCAAAUCCUUCUGAUGAUUGGAGAGUUUACACGAGAGAAAGGCAUAGAAGUACAGGGAAUGUGCAAUUUCCUUGUUCAGUAUAGGGGCAGUGGAGAAAACUGAGGGGCCAUUGGUCUGAAUUGAAUCUCACCUCAAGUGCUUCUGAGGGCAUGAAUUUUUUUCCCUUACUCAAAUUAGAGAUUAUAGGGUAUUGAGGCGCUGUUGAAGGGCGUGUAUUUCCCAAGUCUACAGAGAACUAUAUUUCCGAAUGUCCACAAUUCUUUGAGCUAAUGUUGCUAUUUGUAAGACCAUUGGGUCUGGGAGAAACCAUAAUUGGUACAGAAACUCCGGUUUAAUAGGGAGUGGAGGACAUUGCAGCCAACUAGAUGGAAUGUGCCUCUUCUAAAAGUGUAUCCAGAUUCUGUGACAUUGACUGUGCAGGAUCAGUUUAUACACUGAUUCUAGUGAAUUUUACUUCAAGGUCUUUACUGCAGAGGCAGGAAAGAAAGAGAAAAGGGGAUGUGGCUCU